AUGACGCGCCAAGACCACGGAGGGGGUUUCGCCGACGUCCCGAACCUCCAGCUCAUCAACAUUCACUGUACACCGAAGUCAGUGCGCCGCUUUCACUCGUUCGCGACACAAGGCAGUCAAGAUGGUAAGCUACGUGUCUGGCUAUCCAAGGCAAUCUCGCUGACCAAACUUCAGCUCGACCGUCUCGUAGGCCUCAGCAUGCUCAUUGCAGCCACCACUGUCUUCGUCUAUUACACCAUUUGGACGCUGUUCAUGCCCUUCGUCGACGACGACCACAUCCUACAGUCCUUCUUCCUCCCCCGCGUCUGGGCGAUUCGCAUUCCAGUCAUCCUCAUUGUGCUGGCUACCACCGUCGUGGGCAGCUUCCUCUCUACAGUCAUGAUAAGGAGCAACCGCAAGAAGGCCCUCAAGGCACAGCAGAAGAAGGCGAGCUGA